CGUGCAAAGAAAAGUAGACGAACCAGACCCUUCCCUUGCGUUAACGCUUGAAAAUGACUGUCCUAACGGGAAUGAGUCAAAGUCUCCUCCUCCCACUGCUCUUCCCUCCUUCCUCUUCUUCUCUUCUCUCCCCACCAACAAAAAAGCUAUAAGCAACCAUCUCCCAACAACUCAAUCCACAGAAGAAGAGCAAAAUGACCCUCCUCCACUUCCUCUCUUUAUUCUUCUUCUUUUCCUUCUCAACUUUCUAUAUUGCUUCCUCCUCCACGAUCUCCUUAGGCUCCUCCAUCUCCCCUUCAACCCCAAGCCAAUCAUGGUCCUCUUCCAAUUCCACUUUCUCCCUUUCCUUUAUUUCCUCACGUUCCUCCAACUCUUUCCUGGCUGCCAUCACAUUUGCAGGUGGAGUUCCUGUUUGGACUGCAGGCGGCGGUGCCACUAUUGACUCUGGUGGUUCCCUCCGUUUACUCUCCAACGGAGCCCUCCGUCUUUUCAAUGGCUCCGGCGCCGUUGUCUGGGACUCUGACACGGCCAACCAGGGUGUUUCCUCUGCUUCCUUGGAAGACUCGGGGGAACUACGGCUACUGGGCAACGGAAGUGCUACAGUUUGGUCUUCGUUUGAUCAUCCUACGGAUACGAUUGUUCCAGGUCAGAAUUUCACUUUGGGGCGAGUUUUAAAAUCUGGGUUAUAUUCGUUUUCUCUUCAAAAGCCGGGGAAUUUAACUUUGAAAUGGAAUGACAGUAUUGUUUAUUGGAACCAAGGGUUGAAUUCUUCUGUUAAUGCUAAUUUAACUUCACCAAGUUUAAGAUUGCAAGCUACUGGGGUUUUAUCUAUAUUUGAUCCUAGUUUAACAAGUGGGGCAAUUAUGUUUUAUAGUAGUGAUUAUGCUGAAGGAAGUGAUAUUUUGAGGUUUUUGAGGUUAGAUAAUGAUGGGAAUUUAAGGAUUUAUAGUUCUGCUAGAAAUACUAGGACUGAAACUGUGAGAUUGUCAGCUGUUUUGGAUCAGUGUGAUGUUUUUGGUUACUGUGGGAAUAUGGGAAUUUGUAGCUAUAACGAUUCAAAUCCGAUUUGCGGGUGUCCAUCUGAGAAUUUUGAGCCGGUUGAUGUGAAUGAUAGGAGACAAGGGUGUAAGAGGAAAGUGGAGAUUGAGGAUUGUCCGGGGAGUGCAACUAUGUUGGCAUUGGAUCAUACUGAGUUUUUGACUUACCAACCUGAGUUGUCUUCUCAGCUUUUCUCUGUUGGGAUAACAGCUUGUAGAUUGAAUUGUCUUGUGGGUCCUGCUUGUGUUGCUUCCACUGCUUUGUCAGAUGGAACAGGGUUUUGUUACUUGAAAACUACCGAGUUUGUUAGUGGGUAUCAGAGUCCGGCACAUCCUAGCGCUUCUUUUGUUAAGAUUUGUGGACCAGCAGUACCAAACCCAUCUCCUUUUGCAUAUAAUGCAGAGAAUAGCAAAGGUUGGAGGUUGCGUGCAUGGAUUGUAGUGGUUGUGGUUGUGGUUACACUUUUGGUUUUGGUUGCACUGGAAGGCAGUUUGUGGUGGUGGUGUUGUAGAAACAGUCCCAAAUUUGGGGGUUUAUCAGCUCAAUAUGCUCUUCUUGAGUAUGCAUCUGGUGCUCCUGUCCAGUUCUCAUAUAAGGAGCUCCAGCGCUCAACCAAGGGGUUUAAGGAAAAGCUGGGAGCAGGGGGAUUUGGGGCUGUAUAUAAAGGGAUUCUUACUAACAGGACAGUUGUGGCAGUGAAGCAACUAGAAGGUAUUGAGCAGGGUGAAAAACAGUUUAGAAUGGAGGUUGCUACCAUUAGUAGCACCCACCAUUUGAACUUGGUGAGAUUGAUAGGUUUUUGCUCUGAGGGCCGUCACAGGCUUUUAGUGUAUGAGUUCAUGAAAAAUGCGUCUCUAGAUAACUUUCUUUUUGUCACAGAAGAGCAAUCAGGAAAGACGUUGAGCUGGGAAUAUCGUUUCAACAUUGCUCUUGGAACCGCUAGGGGAAUAACAUACCUUCACGAGGAGUGUCGGGAUUGCAUUGUUCAUUGUGAUAUAAAGCCUGAGAACAUUCUGUUGGAUGAAAAUUACAACGCCAAAGUGUCAGAUUUUGGCCUUGCCAAACUCAUAAAUCCCAAAGACCAUAGAUACCGAACCUUGACAAGUGUUAGGGGGACAAGGGGUUAUUUGGCACCUGAAUGGCUUGCGAACCUUCCAGUUACUUCCAAAUCUGAUGUUUAUAGCUAUGGGAUGGUUUUGUUGGAGAUAGUGAGUGGAAGAAGGAACUUUGAUGUUUCAGUAGACACUAAUAGGAAAAAGUUUUCUAUAUGGGCUUAUGAAGAGUUUGAGAGCGGUAAUGUGGAGGGAAUUGUUGAUAAAAGGCUUGUUGAUCAAGACGUGGAUAUGGAGCAAGUAAUUAGGGCAAUUCAGGUUAGCUUUUGGUGCAUCCAGGAACAGCCUUCUCAGAGGCCAAUGAUGGGAAAAGUGGUUCAGAUGCUGGAAGGAAUCACAGAGAUUGAGAGACCACCAGCACCAAAAUCUGCCACUGAAGGUUCCAUUAGUGGAACCAGCAUAAAUGUAAGCAGUAAUAUCAGUGCCUUCUCAACUUUUGCUGCUUCUGCCCCAGCUCCCUCAUCAUCUUCCUCAUUGCAAACAGCUAUGGUUUCUCCUUUAGCUUCAGGAAUGAAUAUGGGAAAGCAAUCAACAUCCCUGCUACAAUCUGACACGAAAUGAACUCAUUUCAAUUUGUAAGCUCCAUACAGAAAUUGCUUUGGCUUGUGAUCUCUGGAUCCAGAUUUUGUACAUCCUCUAAGGUAAACCUUUUGUGUGUAAAAUAUGAGAUGAGAUAUUGAUACUAUACCUUGUAAAAUUUUUUUUACUCUUUUAGCCAUAGCAAAUAGUUAAGGAAAGAGUAUUUCAAAUAUACAUAGUUCAGUAGAGAGGGGUCAUUGCUGUCAUAGAGUUAUUGUUUCUGCAAGUAUGGUUUUAUUUCAUUUGAUAACAUGUUAAUAAUAUUGUUCGCAAGUGAUGUUUGCUCUAUUUAA